CGCUGCGGGCGACUUCCGCUUCCUGGCCUAAAUCUGACACGUACUAUUCCCCCCGUGGCAACUACCCGGGGUCGGUGACAGCCGAGGAGCCGCGCGAUGCCCUCAGCCGACGGGUGGACAGAGGCGCCGUCAGGGUUUCUUGGAGCCUCUGCGUUGUCCCUGGGCCAGACCCCGUAGUGAAGGCUGCAGGAUCUUCCUUCUGGCCCCAGCAGCUCUGGCUGAGUCCACAAGUGCCCGCCUGUCUGCAAGCUUCUGGGAAGAGCGGAGUUGUCAACAAGAGAGCCGGAGGGCUGAGGCCCAGUGGGGACAUGCCAGCUAACCGGAGCUCUCCCCAGUGGUCCUCAGCCCUGACUGCAGAGGCACAUGGCAGUCUGUGUGAGGUCUCAGUGUCAUUUGAGGAUGUGACUGUGGACUUCAGCAGAGAGGAGUGGCAGCACUUGGACUCUGCUCAGAGACGACUGUACCGGGAUGUGACACUAGAAAACUACAGCCACUUGCGCUCAGUGGGGUACCAAGUUCCCAAACCAGAGGUCAUCUUCAAGUUGGAGCAAGGAGAGUGGCCAUGGACGUUAGAGGGGGAAACCCCACACCAGAGCUGUUCAGAUGAAGAUAUGGGGCAAACCCAACAACAGAGAAUUUCUGGAGAAGUUUCAUUCCACUGUGAGAAAUUUGAACAAUCCACAGGAGAAGAUUCAUUGUGUUCUAUUUUAGAAGAAUUUUGGCAAGAUAAUGACCAGCUAGAGAGAUAUAAAGAAAACCAAAAUAACCCUUUAAGUGAUAUGAAAGUAUUGAUUAAGAAGAGGGGCUUUGAAUGUAAAAACAUUGAAAAAAUAAUUCAUGUCAGUACCAAGCUUGUUCCUUCAAUUAAAAGACUCCAUAACUAUGACACAUUUGGAAAGAGCUUGAAGCAUACUUUAAACUUACAUAAUUAUAAUAAAAGUAGUGCAACAAAGAACCUUGGUAAGAUUUUUGGAAAUGGUAACAAUUUUGCCUGUAGCUCUUCCUCUACUAAGAAUGAGAAUGCUAAUACAGAAGCAAAUUCCUGUGAACAUAAUCAAUGUGAGAAACACCUUGGCCACAAACAAGUUCUCAUCCACCAUCAGAAAAUUCAUACUGGGGAGAAACUUUAUGUAUGUACAGAAUGUGUGAAGAGCUUCACCCAGAAGUCACAUCUCUUUGAGCACCAGAGACUUCAUGCUAGAAAAAAAUCCCAUGAAUGCAUUGAAAGUGAGAAAGUCUUCACUCAGAAGCCACCAACUGAUGUAGCUCAGAGUGUUUAUACAGGAGAGAAAGAGAAACCCUAUAUAUGUACUCAAUGUGGGAAGACCUUUACUCUCAAGUCAAACCUCAUUACACAUCAGAAAAUUCAUACUGGGCAGAAACCCUAUAAAUGCAGUGAAUGUGGAAAAGCUUUUUUCCACAGAUCAUAUCUCUUUAGACAUAUGAGAAUUCAUACAGGAGAAAAACCUUAUGAAUGUAGUGAAUGUGGAAGAGGCUUCUCCCAGAAUUCAGACCUCAAUAUACAUCAGAAAACUCAUACUGGAGAGAAACACUAUGCAUGCAGUGAAUGUGGGAAAGCCUUCACAAGAAAAUCAGCACUCAGGAUGCAUCAGAGAAUUCACACAGGAGAGAAACCCUAUGUAUGCACUGAAUGUGGGAAGGCCUUCAUCCAGAAAUCACAUUUCAAUACACAUCAGAGAAUUCAUACUGGAGAAAAACCUUAUGACUGCAGUGACUGUGGGAAAUCAUUCACUAAGAAGUCACAACUCCAUGUGCAUCAAAGAAUUCACACAGGAGAAAAACCCUAUAUAUGUACAGAAUGUGGAAAGGUCUUCACUCAUAGGACAAAUCUCACUACACAUCAGAAAACUCAUACUGGAGAAAAACCCUAUAUGUGUGCUGAAUGUGGGAAGGCUUUCAGUGAUCAGUCAAAUCUCAUUAAACACCAGAAAACUCAUUCUGGAGAGAAACCCUAUAAAUGCAAUGGCUGUGGAAAAGCCUUCAUAUGGAAGUCACGCCUCAAAAUACAUCAGAAAUCUCAUAUUGGAGAGAGACACUAUGAAUGCAAUGAAUGUGGGAAAGCCUUUAUCCAGAAAUCAACACUAAGUGUACAUCAGAGAAUCCAUACAGGAGAGAAACCCUAUGUUUGUCCUGAAUGUGGAAAGGCCUUCAUCCAGAAAUCACACUUCAUUGCGCAUCAUAGAAUCCAUACUGGAGAGAAGCCUUAUGAAUGCAGUGAUUGUGGGAAAUGUUUCACUAAGAAGUCACAACUCCGUGUGCAUCAGAAAAUUCACACAGGAGAGAAACCCAAUAUAUGUGCUGAAUGUGGAAAGGCAUUCACUGACAGGUCAAAUCUCAUAACACAUCAGAAAAUCCAUACUAGAGAGAAACCCUAUAAAUGCAGUGACUGUGGAAAAACCUUUACUUGGAAGUCACGCCUCACUAUCCAUCAAAAAUCUCAUACUGGAGAGAGACACUAUGAAUGCGGUAAAUGUGGGAAAGCUUUCAUCCAGAAAGCAACACUAAGUAUGCAUCAAAUAAUUCACACAGGAAGGAAACCCUAUGCUUGUACAGAAUGUCAGAAGGCCUUCAAUGACAGGUCAAAUCUCAUUAAACAUCAGAAAACUCAUAGUGGAGAAAAACUCUAUAAAGCCAGUGAUAAAAAAGCCUUUGGCUGGAAAUCACAACCAGGUCUGCAUCAGAUGUCUCAUAGUGGGGAAGAGGAGUGCCUGAUGCUGCAAUCAUUGCGCAGGGGGAAGUAGAUAUGACAGACUACAGCUUAAGUGAACAGAAGGCAAACAGUGCCAAGUACCCUCAAUCAAUUGGAAAUACAAGUACCCGCAUCACCACAGUUGAUUUGCAAGUGUAUGUGUAGGAAGAUGCUUCGAUAAAGCAUUUGAGCAAU